CUGGUUAGUAUUAGCAAAAGAAUCGCAUUCUAAGUACGCUGCGUAGAUGGUGUCUCUAAGAUAUCAGAUAUUGUGGCGGACAUAUUACUUGCGAAAACAGAAUUUUCCCAGCCCCCUCUGAAAAUUAGUAGCAAAACACCACCAAAAAAUCAAAAUAUCUGCAUUUCUCUAGAAUCAUUCAAUAUCAUCCAAUACACGUCUUUUUCAAUCAAAUAUCAUCCAAAUACACGUCUUUCUUACCUUUAUCAUCAAAUCCACAUAUAUCAAUCAACCCUUUUUUCAAUAUGCCUCGCAACGCCCGCUGUUCUGCUGCUUCGCAAGCCUGUACAGAGACUCCUACCCUGCGCCUCAGUCUCCCCAAACUACCUGUUCCAGAAGUUCUGGAUAAUGGAGAGGAUCCGGUCAAUGAUGAGAUGGAGGAGCAGAUGGAUGAGGAGGAUAUAGAGACUCAGUCUGAGGAUCCUUGAUAUCUGCGAAUCCCUACACCUGAGCCUGACAUCUCAUACAGAUUGUAUGAAUGGGUGAUUAUCAAUGAGAUAAAGAACAAGAGAGAUGACAAAAUGAUUAAUGAGUAGAAAGAAGAAGAAGAAUUAGAAGAAUGAAUCUAUAAUUUCUACAAUCAAUUCUUCUAUACAGAUCUCUCAAAUAUCUGCUGUUGAAUCUUCCAUCAAAUCCGCCGUUGAAUCUUCCAUCGAAUACACUGUUGAAUCUUCCAUCAAAUACACUGUUUUGAAUCUUCCAUCGAAUACACUGUUGAAAUCUUCCAUCGAAUCCACCGUUGAAUCUUCCAUCGAAUACACUGUUGAAAUCUUCCAUUGAAUCCGCCCUUGAAAUCUUCCAUCGAAUACACUGUUGAAUCUUCCAUCGAAUACACUGUUUUGAAUCUUCCAUUGAAUCCACCGUUGAAUCUUCCAUCGAAUACGCCCUUGAAAUCUUCCAUCGAAUCCGCCGUUGAAUCUUCCAUCGAAUCCGCCCUUGAAAUCUUCCAUCGAAUACACUGUUGAAUCUUCCAUCGAAUCCACCGUUGAAUCUUCCAUCGAAUACGCCCUUGAAAUCUUCCAUCGAAUCCACC